AUUACUUUAUGUCUUACGUGCCGUACUAACCAAACUUUUGUUUUGAGAUUCCACUCUGUGCACCGAUUUCAGGAUCUCCGAGGGUGACAGGAGCGACCGCGUGGUCGCGCGUGGCACCAUGGCCAAAACCCGUGUCUGGACACGCCUAUGCCUCCUGCUUCUGGCGCUUCAAUUCUGGAGUUCGUUGUUUUUUGCGGAAGGAGCGAAUUUCCACCAAGAGGCGGGCCCUGUCCCCCGCUCCCGGAACCCGCUGAAACGUUGGCGUACAAUUAAGUUCCAAAAGCCUGCGGCAACCAAGGCUGAUCGCAGAGCACAGCUCUACAUGGAAAUGAGGUACAAGAAGACUGAAACCGUUUCGGGCGAAUCACUGAUAGGAUUGGUCACAUAUGGGUGCAUACAGGAAAAAUAUCCGGCCUCUAUAAAUUGUACGAUUCUCAGCAAAGAGGAUGCUUUUGCCAGCUACAAGGUGGCCAAUUACUACAGCGUGAACAGGUUGAGCCCGUACCCCGAAUGGACGGUUGAGUACAAUCCUAAAAUAUGGAAGGAAGAGCGGCUGCCCCCGCAAAUGAUGCUCGGCAUCGAGCCGAAAGAUAAACUAGUCCGAGUCUUCGAGAGCCUCAGCGUCGACCAUCUCAAAUUUGAAAAGGAUGCAGCCCUCCGCUUUGUCAACAACAGCCUACUUCACGAUUCGGAAAUCGAUCAUUUUGUCGCUUAUUACGGAAUCAACGAUUUGAUCGUAUUUUCCAACAACUACGAAGCUUUUGUGCGGCCCGGUCUUGAAGUCUUCGUCAACGUCGCAAGAAGAACUUUGGAGGCUGCCAAUAGGCGAGCAAGUGCAAGGAGGCAAUUGGGAUACGUUCCCGAGUACCUACUCCCGAAGAAAGAGGUGAAAUUCGCUCUUUUCUUCCUGAUGGAAAAGAUGAUCGACCCUUGCAUGGUUACGAUGACGGGCGAGGAUUACAUGGCCGAGGGUGUAUCAACCGAGGAUGCGAAUUCUAUCUGCCGCAUCUACUGCUUGGCAAUCAGAUUCGUGGCUGCCAUGAGCGAUGUCAGCGGUUCGGAUGACAUGGAAAUCCUAAAGUGCAAGACUCUCAGCGGGGAAGGCGGCUGCGUAACCCGAACCGAAAUGAAGACGACCGGGGACAAGACGCGCGUAGCGAGAUGCUGGUGCUCCGCAACCCUCACGACCGGUCGCGGAGAUACCGCCAAAGCUUUGAUGCUCUGGUGCCACAAUCUUUUCCGCAGGGUAUAGACGCUAAUGACCGGCACGUCACUAGGUGGAACGAGCCAAUGGGAGCAGCCGGACACGAAAUUUUCCCUCUGGGAGCCAAGCAAAUUUCUAACGCAGAUUGUGAGCUGGAUAAAAAAUCUAAUGUAUAAUUAAGACCCUACCUGUUAAUUUGCAGUUGUAAUGGACACUAUUCUCCUGAUACAGUGAUCUUCAGUAACUGUCUUAGGGUGUUCGCACACGUGUGCGUUUUUGGUAUUAGGUCCAGCCAACCUAUGUUUAAAUGGUUUUAAUUCUCAUAACUGUACUAAAGUUUAUGUGAAAGAAUGUUGAACUUUUUUCUCCUCAGUCGCGGGCGGAAACACUUGCCACGUACUCUUGGGGGUAAGCUUUGUAGUUUUUUGUUCACUUUUUUUUUUCCAAGGAUAUUUUCUGUUAGAUGUGUUUGUAAAACCUGCCUUACAAGUUGUUGCUUCUGGCAUUGCUCUUCUUUGUAAAAUAUUGCCUGUUGUUGU